UUGUGGCUGCGGUGGGGCGGGGGGGGACGAGAGCGAGAGGGAGAGCCGGCGAGAGACAUGGAUGGCCCGGCGCGAUGCAACGGGCUUCGGAAGAAGCGGCGAUCGCGGUCCCAGCGCGACCGGGAGCGGCGAGCCAAAGGCGGGCGGCGCGGCUGUGCCGCCGGCGGGGCCGCCGGCCCCGGGGCCGCCGCGCUCUCCUCCUCGGGCUCGGAGAAGGAAGACAAUGGGCCCCCGCCGCCGUCCCGGCCGCGGCCCCCCCGGAGGAAGCGGCGGGAGUCCUCCUCGGCCGAAGAGGACAUUAUCGACGGUUUCGCGAUGUCCAGCUUCGUCACUUUCGAGGCGCUGGAGAAGGACAUAGCUCUGAAACCUCAGGAACGUGUGGAGAAGCGACAGAAUCCUCUAGCCAAGAAGAAAAGGGAAGCACUUACCAAUGGGCUGUCAUACCUUCCAAAAAAGAACAGGCUCCACCACCACCACCAGUACAGCUCCGACCGGGAAAAUGACCGGAACCUGUGCCAGCACCUUGGGAAAAGGAAGAAGUUACCGAAGGGCCUCAGACAGCUCAAGCCAGGCCAGAACAGCUGCCGAGACAGCGACAGCGAGAGCGCCAGCGGGGAGUCCAAGGGCCUCCACCGGAGCAGCUCCCGCGAGAGGCUCAGCGACAGCUCAGCUCCUUCCAGCUUGGGAACAGGCUACUUUGUAAGUGUAUCUCCACUUUCACACGUGUGCCUCUGA